AUGCAGUGUUUAUCAUUUCAUCAUGGACCAGGAGUCUCGGAUCGAAGAAAAUUAGAAAGCCAAAUUUUUGAUGGUUAUUGUUAUCAUUUCUCUAAAAAAGUAAAGAAUACAUCAUAUCUGGUUUGUAUCCAAAAAGAUUCAAAUUAUUGUAAAGGUUCCGGAAAAAUUAUUGAUGGUCGUUUUAAUUCUCUCCACAAGCACAAUCAUCCAAAAAAUCAUUUAUCAGAAAGAAUGUACAAUUUUGAAAAGGAUUUACGGAAUGAGGUUAUUACGGAUAGAUUUAAAUCAAUUAAAAUGAUUUACAAUGAAUUAAGUUUAAAGUAUCCUGAAGUAGUCAUGAUAAAAACUUGGCUGGAAAUGGAGCCGCGAAUGCGUAAAUGGCGUGAAGAGGUUCAACCACCAAUACCUCUCAUGUUAGAAGAAUAUCAAAUGAUUUUAGAUGAUCCUCAGUGGGCAUUUUUAUUCUCUAACAAUGGUGACAUAAAUAAAAUGCACGUCUCAACGAUUAAAAGCACCGAUGGCUCAUGUAUCACUAUAUACGGCAAUGUUGAAUUAUUAAAAUUAAUCAAUCCUCUGCAUCUUAUGAUGGAUGCAACAUUUUCAGUAGUACCGAGAAAGCCAAAAGCUCAUCAACUUUUUACUAUUUUAGCUAUAGCGAUACCAAUUUUGUGGAGCCUAAUGGAAAAAAAAACUGCCUCGGCGUACACAAAGUUAUUGAAUUACUUUUCAACUAUCCUUUCACCUCAAAUACAGCCUACAUUUAUUACAUCAGAUUUUGAGGUCGCUUUAGCACUUGCAAUACAUUCAAAUUUUCCUGAAGCUACACAUUCAAGAUGCUUUUUCCACUAUACUCAGGCCAUUACAAAACGGUUAAAGAAAUUAAGAUUGCUUCCUUUCCUUCAACAGUGUCGGAUGGCGAGAGUCAUCAUGAAGAAAUUUAUAGCAUUACCUCUAUUGCCACCUGAAGAUAUGAGAGAAGCUUACGACUGGCUAUUACAGAAUAUUCCUGAGUGUAUGAAGAGUAUUUUUCAUAAAUUCCUUACAUAUUAUGACCGCCAAUGGGUUCAAUUAACACGGGCAGAGUGUUUGAGCGUAUUUAAAAUGGUACAUCGAACAAACAACUUUUCCGAAGCAUACAAUCGACUUCUUACACUUCUAUUUGGUGAACAUCCUUCAAUAUGGAAAUUUACAGCUAAUAAAAAAGAAGGUGAUGUUAAUGGUACAGAAGACGAUGAAGAUGCUAGUAGUUUGAAGCAAGAAAUUGAUAAUUCUAAAUGA